UGCUGCAAGAAAAUGUCUUUCUCCGAAAGUGAGAGGGCAGCAACCUCCAACCCGGACAAAGAUUUACAGCAGUUGUCAUCUCUGUAGGCAUGUGAACGAAAGACUUCUGACUUUUCUUCGCUUAGUCUACGCACCUUCUAUAUAGUUUCACCUUCAUUCAAUCUACUCUCUGCACCAGAGUUCCUGUGUACAGAGAAAGUGAUGGCCACCAUCUCUUUCCUUGCUUCACUUUUGCUUUCAACUUUCUUGCUUCAUUUGUGCUUGUUCUAUGGGGUCGGUGCCGGCGAGCCGGCUCUCAGGUCCAAUAGGGAAGCAUUGGAAAUAAUUAUAGGUGGUGGUGGUGGUAGCAAUAAUCCCGCUCCUCCUCCCCCACCUGAACCUGACUGUCCCCCACCUCCAGCGCCACCUCCGCCCCCGUCUCCGCCGCCCCCUUCUCCGCCUCCCCCAUCUCCGCCGCCCCCAUCUCCGCCUCCCCCAUCUCCGCCGCCCCCAUCUCCGCCGCCCCCUUCUCCGCCGCCCCCUUCUCCGCCGCCCCCUUCUCCGCCUCCCCCGUCUCCGCCUCCCCCGUCUCCGCCGCCCCCUUCUCCUCCGCCCCCACCGUCUCCGCCGCCCCCUUCUCCUCCGCCCCCGUCUCCACCGCCCCCUUCUCCUCCUCCCCCGUCUCCGCCGCCCCCAUCUCCACCUCCCCCGUCUCCGCCGCCCCCAUCUCCACCUCCCCCAUCUCCUCUGCCUCCUCCACCUGGUAUUAGCCCUCGAGUUAUAAAAGCCUACUACGUAAUUCGAGAGUUCAAAAAAAAAAUCAAAGACGGCCCAAAAGACGUUUUGAAAUCAUGGGAUCGCAAAGAUAGAGACGUAUGCAAGUUCAAAGGCUUCUCCUGCGCCAAGUAUCCGACCGACAAACAACAAGCAGUUUCUGGAGUAGACUUCAACGGCUAUGGCUUUGUUGGUUAUAACAACCAGCUCCCACUCUCCGGGUUCAUGGAAAGGUUGGAAGACAUAACCGUGUUCCACGCGAACUCCAACAAUUUCACUGGUGGCGUCCCCCGGGAGAUCUCCAAGCUUCCGUACUUCUUCGAGCUAGAUCUUAGCAACAACAAGUUACAGGGCCAGUUCCCAAUGGAAGUUCUUCGUGCCAUAAACCUGACCUUCUUGGACCUCCGGUUUAACAAUUUGUGUGGCACGGUUCCCCCCCAAGUGUUCUUGCUAGAUGUGGACGUAAUCUUCAUCAACAACAACAAUUUUGAGCAAGGGCUUCCUUACAAUCUUGGCUCUACACCAGCCCUUUAUCUCACUUUUGCCAACAACAAAUUCACUGGGCCAAUCCCACGAAGCAUUGGCCUAGCUAGCAAAACCCUCCUUGAGGUGCUCUUCUUGAACAACACGCUCACAGGAUGCUUGCCAUUUGAGAUUGGCUACCUGAAAAAGGCCACUGUUUUUGAUGUGAGCAUCAAUUACUUGACGGGUCCAAUACCCCACUCAUUUCAGUGCCUGUUUAAAAUAGAGGUGCUUAACCUGGCUGAGAACCAGUUCUAUGGGUCGGUCCCGGAGGCAAUCUGCAAGCUGCCUAACCUAGAUGUCUUCAAUAUAUCACACAACUACUUCACCCAGGUUGGUCCUGAAUGCAGGAAGUUGAUCAAGAAAAAGGUUCUUAAUGUAAAAAAGAAUUGCAUUAUAGACCUUCCAAAUCAGAGACCAAAAGCUGAAUGUGCUGCAUUUUUCUCUAAGCACGAGUUCCACCGGUGCCCCAACGAGAAGUCCCUAAAUUACAUUCCUUGUCAGAAUAAGUAUUAUUCAGCUCCCCUUGGUUCGUCCUAUCAUCGACCAACGGUUCCAGCCCCCUCACCACUUUCCUAUGGCACUCUCAAACCGCAUAGGCUGUGAUUUUCAAGCUCCGAUUAUGGGGAUUCAUUAACGAUGUGUCGUGGGGGGUCCUUAAUUUGUAAUAUAUUUGCAUAUUUCUGUUCUCUUUAUAUUGAUCAAGUCAUGAAUAAGGCAAUGUGUUGUAAUUUGGCAUCUCCAUCAGACGCCAGUUCUUAUAGUGUAGUACUGAAGAUUCUCGUUGCGCUGCUCAAUUGUAUUCAUGAGAUAGCGUUCAUAAAUCAUAAGGUUGGCUAAA